CAGGAAUUUGGUACUGGCCUUACCCUUUCUGAUCUCCCAUUGCAUAUGCAAAACAAUAUAUUGUGUAGGUUUUCUGAUGCCUGGGACAUAAUCAACUUGGGUCAACUGACCCCAACGUUGCGUGUGCUUACUGAAGACCCCCAUCUUUGGAAGAAGCUUUGCAAGUAUCAUUUUAAAGAAAAAAUGGUAGGUUGAAUUAACCCUUGGUGAGUGUGCAAUCGACCCUCCAGGAUAGCAGUGAUGAGUAACUUUUAAAGGCACACUAUAGUGUCAGGAAUACAAGCAUGUAUUCCUAACACUAUAGUCCUGAAGUGACUGUUUAAGUGACCGUCCCUCCCCGCUUCCCGAUUGUAGUAAACGCAUUAUUUUAUUCCCCUUUUCUCCCAUGCUGCGGCUUAGCCCACAUGACUCCACCUCCAUGGAACAUGGACUCCAUCACUGCAGGAACAGGCUAAAGACACCAGAACCACUACAUUAAGCUGUAUUGAUUUUGGUGAAUAUAGUUUCUCUUUAAGGCCUGGCUUGUAGCUCUGGUGUUAUGUUUUCUUACCUAAAGGGAAUAUUGAAUACACCAUUUAAACAUAAUUUAUAAUGUGUUGAACAUGUUACAUGACAUGCUCCAUAUUCUAUCAAAGCUUUGAUAAAGGUAUAACAAUUUCCAUUGCAACGCUGUUUACUCCUGGCAUAGCCUUGGCACAAACUGAAUUGGAGGAGGAAAAAAAACAAAAACAUUACUUCUGUUUCUCCACCUCUAUCUGUGCUUAUGCAUAUUUGUUAAAUGUAGUGGAUAAAUAAACUUUAUAUUAAUAAUCCCCUUUAAUCAAUUCUGCAUUCAUUUCCUUGUUAAAUAAGUAAAAGAUCUACUCUCUUCUUUCUAUUUCUUUAGUUGUGCCAUCUAAUUGUCUCAGAAUCAGGCCACAUUGAUUGGAAGCUCAUGUUUUUUGCACUUCAGAAAUAUUAUCCAAAAAAGGAACAAUAUGCAGAUACACUACAAUUUUGUCGUCACUGUAGCAUUCUGUUUUGGAAGGUAAUUAUGUAUUUUUAAAUAUUCCUGAAAUUAUAUAUUCCUGAAAUGAUAUAACUUUACACAUAUUCAUUUGAUAUUUGAACAUCAAAAUAAGUUAUUGCUGUUAUAUAAUUUGUUUUCUUCGUAUUAGCAAUUGUACUUUCUAAACAUUGUCAGGCAGAAAACCACAAAACACUUGUCAUAAUUUUCCAUCCUCUAUGCACUGUGAUUCACUAUUUUCAAUAUAUAUAAGUUCCAAUUGCUUGCACUCCAGGAUAGGGAGUUAGAGCCCGGUGCUUAACAGCCAAAUAAUAGAAAUGUAGUAAUGAUAGCACUCCAAGGACUUCAAAGAAAUAUAUUGUGAAAAAAACUUAGCUUUUAUUCAGGCAUCUGCCAGUAGUAGAUCAACGUUUCAUUUCUCUAAUGGAACUUUCGUCAGGAUAUAUAUAUAUUGAUUUUCUCACCCCUCCUGGGUGGUAUGUUAUAUUCCCCAUUCUCGGGUCCUCUACCAGAGGCCUGGGAGUUUGAGUGUUCUGCGCAGUAUCUUAGCUGUUCCUAGAAUGCACUCUUCUGGACAGCGAUCUCAGAUGUCCCACCUGGAAUCUGCUGAAGCCACUCCCCCAACUUGGGAAUUACAGGCCUGAGUGCUCCUAUCACAACUGGGAUUACUACUGCCUUCACUUUCCAUAUCUUUUCUAGCUCUUCUUACCUAUAUAGGAACUAUGGAUGAAUAAGUGUGUAUAUGUAUGUAUAUAUGUGUGUGUGUGUGUGUGUGUGUGUGUGUGUGUGUAUAUAUAUAUAUAUAUAUAUAUAUAUAUAUAUAUAUAUAUAUAUAUAUAUAUAUAUAUAUAUAUAUAUAUAAUUUUACUAUUGAAUAAGAAUAAAUACCAAAUUCCUCUGUUCAAAACAGACUAAAAGGAAGACAAUUGCGCUGCCAGGUUACCAAUAUGCCCUGUUAUCUGUAUACUAAAGAGUACAUAGUACAAUAAUUAAAUCAGUCAUUUCAUAAACAAGCACACAAUCGUAAAUAACACAUAUUAUAGUUUACCUGCAGAAAAUAUUAAUCUGAGCCUAAAAGCUAGCUGAGCAUCAUGGGAAAUGUAGUCCAGAAACAAUUUAUGGUGUCAAGGUUAGCCAUCACUGGUAUAGAACAUACUUCCAAAAGCAUAUGUAAGAUUGUGUGUAUUGCGGUCUCAGCCACUUUUUCAUCUUACGCAUAUGUCAGCUGGUACAUCACUUGUUCCCAAUCAGGCACAGUCAGCUCCAUGGACAGUGUCCUGUGUGUUCCGAAAUUACAUCUCAAAGCGCCUACGCAGUUCACGAGCACACGCUCACUUAGUCAAAGUUAAAAAUGUCCUGUUGACACCUCUGCCUUUACCUUAAAUGACAGAUGUGUUUACUAAAUGCAAAGGUUUUGUGAGACCUUCAGUAAAAGUGAAAAGAACCAAAAAGUUAGUCUAGAAAUCCACAUCAGAAACCGUAACAUUUCUCUCAUUUGUUCUUUUAUAUUUCCACUUCUUUCCCCUUUUUAAAAGGAUUUCCAGCUUGCUCUCUUAUUUAAGGUAUUUGCUGCAUGCUUGCAUCCAGAUUUUUCCAUAUGUUUUCGUGUUUUUUUAUUAGAGGAUUUUAAAAAAAUGUUUUUCUUUCCUCUUGAAAUAUUUUUUACUCCGUCUGUGUGUGUGUGUGUGGUUUUGUACAUACAUAUGCUUUCUUUUAUAUUUCGUGUUUCCAUUAAUAAACAUUAAACUGCAUGUUUUCGUAAACUGUAUUGUUUUCCUGGAAAAUGUGCAUAACUGUAAAAAAGAGAAAAACAGAGAGAACUCUGGUUAAAGAACCAAUUGCAGUAACUUUUCAUACCACGUUAUUUUCUCGGCUAAGCCAGUUUGUUUUCAUCUUUGUAAGGUCUACCUAAUACCGUUAUGAAAAUUCUACUAAUCCGCUCUUGUUAAAGGGAGAACUCAAAGUGUAUUUUAAAUUGUUUACCAAAAGAGCAGAAGUGAAAGCGUAGCUGCCUUGAAGAAUGCUGCCAAUUGAUCUCUUUGUACUUUAAAUUUGAAAUUCACACAAAGAUUUUCACUUUAGUAAAUCAUGUGGUACAUGGUUCUUGGGCUUGCUGCUUUUCUUCACUCUCAAUCACCACUCUGGCAGAACUUGGCCAGCCGCUCAUUGGCUUCCAGACUUUCCAGCACUGCAAGAGUUUGUAAAUACACUACUGGAAGUUUAAAUCUGUUUGCAUACAGAGUAGGUAGACUGGGAUGCAUUCCAUUGCAUCAUUACAUCAUAAAGAAUAAAGACACUCCAGACAUACACAUAUUGUGCAAUCUGUAGGUCAUGUUAUUUGCAUUGCUGGGUUUUUUUUCUUUUUUUUUUUCUCAGUCUUUUUUUAAAUUUUUCAUUUCUAGAUGCUAAUUACUACAAAUUGUUUUUGCUCAAUUGACUUACUUUUUUGCCCCUUCUCUCCCAACCCGUAGUGUACCACAGCUGAUGUACACAGUGCCAUUUAGGUUUUACUGUGUGGUAGUUCAUAUGUUCAAUGUUCUAGAAGAGAAAGUUUGAAAUUGAACUAAAACUCAUAGAAACCAUUGCUGUGCCCGUUUACCUUCAUUACUUAUGGUAGAUGCUUAGUAGUGCUAUCAAAAAUAUGUUAAAUCUCUAUCAUUUUCUGGUUUAGUGAGAGCUCACUGCAAAUUCUGCACAGUCUAAAAUACUGAGAAAAUACUGGAACUGUUUUUUUUUUUUUCUUUAUAAUAUUUUAUAUUUGUAAUGCAUUAAAAAAUUGUGUCAAAUCCAGUGAGGAGUGUCUCUUAAAAUCUCUACUAGAAAGUCUUUCCCUUUUUUACAAAUUUCUCUCCAAUCUUAAUGUCUGCUUACAUAAUUCCCUAUCUGCCCAUCUUAGUCUUCUUAAAGGGACACUAUAGUCACCUGAACAACUUUAGCUUAAUGAAGCAGUUUUGGUGUAUAGAACAUGCCCCAGCAGCCUCACUGCUCAAUCCUCUGCCAUUUAGGAGUUAAAUCCCUUUGUUUAUGAACCCUAGUCACACCUCCCUGCAUGUGAUUUGCACAGCAUUCCAUAAACACUUCCUGUAAAGAGAGCCCUGUUUAGGCUUUCUUUAUUGCAAGUUCUGUUUAAUUAAGAUUUUCUUAUCCCCUGCUAUGUUAAUAGCUUGCUAGACCCUGCAAGAGCCUCCUGUAUGUGAUUAAAGUUCAAUUUAGAGAUUGAGAUACACUUCUUUAAGGUAAAUUACAUCUGUUUUAAAGUGAAACCAGUUUUUUUUUUUCAUGCAGGCUGUCAAUCAAAGCCAGGGGAGGUGUGGCUAGGGCUGCAUAAACAGAAACAAAGUGAUUUAACUCCUAAAUGACAGUGAAUUGAGCAGUGAAAUUGCAAGGGAAUGAUCUAUACACUAAAACUGCUUUAUUUAGCUAAAGUAAUUUAGGUGACUAUAGUGUUCCUUUAAUUCUCAAUUAGCUUAUUACAUUUAUUUUUUUAGGAAAUAUAGCUUCAGCUAUAAAUUGCAGUAGCUAUAGCGUAAAAAAUUAAAUGUUGUUACCUUUUAAGCUAUACAUCUUUACUCCUACGUCACCAGCUGUAAAAACUACAAUAUGGAGACAAUGGGCAGCUGCACAUGGCAUACCUGAUCUCCUAGCAUGCACAUGGGUGGCAGUAGUUAUCUGAUGGGUGUUAGUAAGUUUUGUGGGGGACAGGGUGGCUGUGCAAGCUAUAUUGCCCUGUCCUUUCCCAAUGAAACUGUUUUAGUAGCAGAUCACUUUGAGGCCUGACUAGUAUUGCAUGUUAAAUGUUGAGCCCUGGUUAAUCCUAUGAGUGUACUGCUGCAGUGUUUACAAUCCGAAAUGUAUUUAUGUUUUGUUUUUUCUGCUUUGUUAGGAUUCUGGACACCCCUGCACUGCCAAUGACCCAGGGAGCUGCUUUGUACCCAUUUCCCCUCAGCACUUUAUUGAUCUCUUCAGAUUUUAAAAAGCUCUAAACGCCUACCAUGGCUCAUGUAAUGUAAAGGUAUUGCCCAAUCAAUUGUGUUAUUGGACGUAAAAUGUAUUUGUGAUUUUAAUUAUGUAGUGCUUUGAUUGCAUAAAAGAAUGUUAUCAUCGUUGAUAGUGUAGUGUGACCCCAUAAAUACUAUAGGGGUUAGUAACAUGGCUGCGCAUUACGAGACUCUUAGUACAAUGCAGAUUUUGGUAUAGCCUUUGUCUGCUAAUGGAUUCAGAUUAUGGUACUUAAUUUCAAUUUAUGGAACCUGUGUUCUGAUCAGUGAACAAGACCAAACUAUUUUUUACUGUUUGACCAUUGAAGUAAGUUUACUGCAGCAUACUUUGUACUUCUUACAAUUAUCUAAUCUGUGAUGACACUAAAUAUUUUAAAAAUGCAUAUACUUGCAUGUAUUUAUGUUAAAUAUUCAUUCACGUUUUUCACUUUUAGCAAAACAAAUAUUAUUCACAUAGGGUUUUUUUUUUGUUUCUUUUUUACUUAAUGGAAAUUAGUGGAGCAAUGACUAGGGAAAUUUAAAGGUGGUUGAAGGGCUUAGUACAAACAUCCCAGUACAAGACAUAACAUUAUGAUCUGCAUUAGCAGUACUUUCCUCUGAGCUGGUUUAUAGUCGGUACCUUAGAACAACUCCCCAACCUCUGACCUUUCUCCCUUUGCCCCACUAUAACUGUCCCCCUUCUUUUCAGUCCUUUUGACACCCCUUUCCUCACCCCAGACCCUGAGUUGGCUAUGCAGGCCCUUCCUUACCUUUGAUAUUUUAUGGUAGAGUUUUCUUCCGUCUGGGAUAAUGUAUUUUUUCAACAUUAAAACUUUCGUUUUUUUCACAUUAUAUAAUUGUCACUGGGACACUUGUUUCAGUUAAUGCUGAAAACAGAAAAGAAAAACCACACUACUUUUUUAAUCCAAGGUGCCCCAACCUGAACUUGAGGUUGGCAAAUCCUCAGACAUACAAUGACCAAAGGAUGGUCCAGGCACUCAGGGUAAAGUGACAGGCAGAUUUAUUGAAGAGGCACAGCAACGUUUCAACAUCAGCUGAGUUUUUAAUCAAGCUGCCACCAUAACAGAUAGAUACAAAUAACUAAAUUGAUAUCAAUAAAUAUUUAUUAUUAUAUUUAUUGUCAUCAAUUUAGUUAAUUGUUUGCUCUAUAUACAUUGUAUUAUGCAUUACGGUGGUAUCUUGAUAAAGUCCUCAGUUGGGUUUGAAAGGUUGCUGUGUCUUUUUAAUAAAUAUGCUUCUUUCAGGAAAGACCAUCAGGGUUAUUUACUAACGUGACAAUUCAAAGCGAAUUUAAAAUUUAAGACCAGAGAAGGCGAACUGAAAGGAUAGCUGACUUAGAGAAUUUUUCUGGUUUGGCUAUUUUGACCUUAAAUUUGAAACUCACUUGGAAUUCAUCUUGAAUUCUCACUUUAGUGAAUAAUUCUGCCAAUUAAAAGAGAAUGGAUUCACAGCAAUUUAUUCAUUCUAUUUUCUUUUAGGAAAUUAUAGCUCUUUUAAUUUCGUUUUUAAAUCUCCACAAUUCCUGGUUUUGGGAACAAACCAUAUAUAUUUAUUCACAUUAUUCAAACACCACGUUAAUAAUAAUAAUAUACUUAAGCACUUUAGUUUAAAUACUAAAAGGUUAGUUCAUAUGCCACAGAGUGGAUUAUGUAUAUAUUGUUUUCAGCACAGUACUUAAGCAAGCCACAUUACACAUCACGAUUUUCAGUAAACAAAAUCAUUUUUCAGUUCCAUAGACUGUACUUCGGCCAUUAAGGCAGAAUCUGAUUGUUUCAUUUCUGCAGACAAUGACAAAGGUAAUUCUCCUUUGGUUUCCACACUAUUAAUAUCAAUAUUUUAGAUAUCAAUUUCUCAUACCUCUCUGAAUGCUUACCAACAAUAGGAGGCAUAGAUCCCACAAUCCAGAUGGGCAGGCUACCGUGGGGCAACAGUAAGGGUCAGGACUGCCCUGUAAUAGAGUGAACUCACACGAAAAAGGGGUGUGCAAUGCUAAAACUAUUUACUGUUUUGUAACAUGUUUUUUUUUAAAUCCAUACAUUUGUCAAUCAGAAAUGCUACAGGGAACACAUAACUUUAUCACUAUCUGUUUUAUUGUCGGUACAUUUGCUGUCACUAAAGAAUAUCAGGAAACUAAUUAAGGAAAACAAUAUUGAAAAAUAUUGUGCUGUUUGUUUAUUAGCAUUUUGCGCUAUGAUUUGUUUAUUUUAUUUUUGGGAGAUACCGUUUUUUUGUCUAAUGGUAUUGUAAACAUUUUACAUUUUGGCUGAUGCUGCUCUGAUUGUUCGAUUUUAAUGGUACUUUUCAUUUGCACGUGAUCUUAUGAAUAAUUGCACCUCGUUGUAGAAAUCACAUUUAAAGUGUUCGUAUCUGCUAUUCGUAUUCUUUCGUUUACAUAGGUUUAAGAUUUUCAAAACAUUAUUUUUGCUCUGGCUGUAACAACUCAAUUGAUUGCUGCUCUCACUCUUUUGAGCCACAAAGGAGCCCAUACUUUGCAUAUUAUACACAGCAUUAUUCUGUGCUGCUUCAUUCCCUCAAUAUGCAAGCAAGAACCAAGAUUCUAAGUGUGCACGUGAUUUUUUCUUCAGAUUUGCUUUGAACAAAUCUGGGGAUUUUGUUUGUUUUUUGGGUCAAGUCUUUUUUCAGUGUGUCAUACAAAACCAUUACAUAUAUACAUUUUGUAUUGAAAAAAAAUAUAUGAACUUCUCAUGAAUCAUAACACCACUGUAUUGUCUAAAACUUCAAAGCGAAAAAGAGACAAUUUGACAGGAAGGGGGAAGCAUAUAGAUUUUGGCCAUAUUUGCCCACUGUUGCUUGCGGCAUUCAUUUACUUUAUUAGAGAACAUUAUUUUAUGGAAGCUGCAAAGGUUAAUGAAUUAAACCACCCAAAGAGGCACACUUUGUAUAUGUGUGAUAUUGUGUAUAAUUCCCAGAUUUUACUAUUAACAUGACGUAAAGUCAUGAUUUUAUUAAAGACACGGAGGCGAGUAUUAUGCAUAUCUCUUUCUUUAUUACUCUCAGCAGCAAAGAAAUAGAGAUAAAUAAAUAACUGAAAGAACAAAAAAAAAAAUACAGUGUUCAAGUAACCAAUCACAUAACAGAGGAAGUGACUAUAAAAUACUUGAAGCACCCACAAUCCCCC